UAUAAUAGGAACAAUUUUGUAUCUCGAUCCAACGGUGAUCGAGUAGAAUUGUUGAAAAAGGUAAAUCCAAAUUACUCUAUAAGGUGGGUUAGAUCUUAGUCACUCACUUGGCUAUUUGAUUUUGAACGCCUAAUGAUGCUGAUGCAACGUGAAACACUUUCUCUCUCUAACGCAAACACACACAACACUCUAUAAAUUGUGACGCGUCUUCUUUCAUUCUCAUUCCUCCCAUUCUCAUCCUCUGAAUUCUUCUUCUUUCUCCUCAGAUCUCUCUUCCUUAUUUCCAUCUCAACCUCUCCUUAACUAAGGGUUUGCUGAGAACAAUUAAGAAAAGAUGGUGAAGAUUUGCUGCAUUGGAGCUGGAUAUGUUGGUGGUCCAACAAUGGCUGUGAUUGCAUUGAAGUGUCCUGAUGUUGAGGUAGCUGUGGUUGAUAUCGCUGCUCCGCGAAUCAAUGCUUGGAACAGCGACCACCUCCCUAUAUAUGAGCCUGGUCUUGAUGAUGUGGUGAAGGAGUGCAGAGGAAGGAACCUUUUCUUCAGCACCGAUGUUGAGAAGCAUGUUGCUGAGGCUGAUAUCGUCUUUGUUUCGGUGAACACACCUACGAAGACUCAGGGUCUUGGAGCUGGCAAAGCAGCUGAUCUCACUUACUGGGAGAGUGCUGCUAGAAUGAUUGCUGAUGUUUCGAAAUCAGACAAAAUCGUUGUUGAGAAAUCGACCGUUCCGGUUAAAACUGCUGAGGCAAUUGAGAGGAUUCUGACUCACAAUCGGAAAGGCAUUAACUUCACAAUUUUGUCUAACCCUGAGUUUCUUGCUGAGGGUACAGCUAUCAAAGAUUUGUUCAAUCCGGAUCGAGUUCUUAUCGGAGGCCGGGAAACUCCUGAAGGUCAAAAGGCUAUCCAUACUCUGAGGGAUGUUUAUGCUCAUUGGGUCCCUUUGGACAAAAUCCUUUGCACCAAUUUGUGGUCUGCUGAACUCUCAAAGCUCGCUGCGAAUGCUUUCUUGGCACAGAGGAUCUCCUCGGUGAAUGCCAUGUCUGCACUAUGUGAGGCAACCGGUGCUGAUGUCUCCCAGGUUUCCCACUCGAUUGGCACUGACUCGAGAAUCGGGCCAAAGUUCUUGAAUGCUAGUGUUGGUUUUGGAGGAUCGUGCUUUCAGAAGGAUAUUCUGAACUUGGUCUAUAUCUGUGAGUGCAAUGGCCUUCCUGAAGUGGCUAACUACUGGAAACAGGUCAUUAAGGUGAACGACUACCAGAAAUCUCGGUUCGUGAACCGUGUUGUUUCAUCGAUGUUCAACACGGUGUCCGGCAAAAAGAUUGCUGUUUUAGGGUUUGCUUUCAAGAAGGACACCGGUGACACAAGGGAGACACCCGCGAUCGGUAUGAAGAAGUUCGAUUGGGAUCACCCUGCUCAUCUUCAACCAACAAGCCCAACAACUUCCAACAAGCAAGUUUCUGUGGUUUGGGAUGCAUAUGAAGCAGUUAAGGAUUCACAUGGUAUUUGCAUCAUGACUGAAUGGGACGAGUUCAAGAACCUCGAUUUCCAAAAAGUUUUUGACAACAUGCAGAAACCUGCAUUCGUCUUUGAUGGAAGGAAUGUUGUUGAUGUGAAAAAGCUGAGGGAAAUUGGUUUCAUUGUUUAUUCCAUUGGAAAACCAUUAGAUGCUUGGCUCAAGGACAUGCCUGCAGUGGCUUAAAGAAGAGAAGAAAAUCACAACUUUGAGCUGAAUUUGUUGGUCUUUUCAGAUGCAUUGCUCCGUCUGAUAUAUUAUCAUGCUAUUCAUAUAGUUUAGAUAUGUUUCUGUUUUGCUGUUAUUUUUUCCUACUAUGUUACUUUGAUUUGAUGAGAGAUUUUGGUGGCAAGUUAGAGCUUAUUUGCCCAAAUAUUAAUAUGUCUUUUAGCUAACUAAAUAUCCUUAUUUGUUGACCUGGUUUAAUGUAAUAAAUUGGUGGUGAAGGAAAUUUUAUACAAUUGAUAUCAUUUUUGUUUUA